AUGUUUUUUAGAAGAAUUUAGAGGUUCAUAAAAAGACUUGAUAAACAUGGAGAACCAAUUGCACUAAAUUACAAGGGAUAACAUUAGCAUUAAACUGUGAUUGGUGGUGUUAUUACUCUACUCUAGAUAUUUGGAGUCAUUACUUUUUUCUUCAUUUUGUUAAACAGAGUUAUCUCAAAAGAUAAAAAUAUCAGAAUAAAAAGUGUAUACAAGAGCGCAACCUAUAAUAACUAGCAGUAUCACAUAGAUCUCAAUAACUUCGAUUUAGCAUUUGGAAUUAAGUUUGAAAGGAAUGAGGAUGAAAAUUUUUAUGCAGGUUAUGAUAUUAAGAGAUUUUUAAAUAUCAGCUUUAUUUCUCAGAAUAUCACAUUCGUUUAAAAUAAAACAGAUGGAACUUUCGAUACAAUAAGUUAAGAAUAAUAUAUUGGUUAUGAAAAUUGUAGAAAUGGCAGGUUUUUGAAUAAAACUGCUGAAACUAAUAUCAUAGGACUUAACAAGAAUGGUUGGUUUUGCAUUAAAGAACUUGAUUUAACUAUAUAAGGCUAAGAAAUGAGUCUAUUAAGAAAUUUACUUAAAUUAAGUGUUUCGCCUUGCCAAAAUGAUUCAAAUAAUUCGUUAGGUUCUAAAUGUGCUUCUUAAAAUUAAAUAUCUGAUUUCAUUAGUAAAAUAUAGUUGAUGAUUGCUUUUGUUAAUAGUAAUUUUGAAGAGGAUAUAUAUAAUUAGCCAGUAAAGUCAGAAGUUGUCAUUCAGUAUUACAAUGCUAUUGAGGGAUAGGCUUACAAUGCAUAUCUAAAUUUACAAAAGAAUUAUCUUUACAGUUAUAACAGUUGGUUAUCUUAUCUGUUUGAUGUUUAAACAUAUGAAUACCUUUCAGUAGAAUUCAUUCGAUCAAUCUAGGGUACCAUUAAACCAGGUACUUGGGAAAUGUUUAAUGUCUUGAUAUUUUGCCAUACAGAAGAAAUAGUUAUCGAAAGAUUUGCAAGUAAUUUAGUUGAUAUUAUUACAACAUUAGGUGGUUUUAUUAAUGUACUUGCAUUGCUUACAAAACUUAUCGCAAAAGUGUUUUCUAAGCGGGUGCUGUAUUGGCAGCUUAUAACUGAUAUUAUGCAUUUUGAGAAUUAUCAGCCAAAAAAUAUCUUAAAUUAGGACAUUUAUUAAAUAUUGGGUAAAGAUUUAAGUAAAAAUCAGAGUAGUUGA